AUGUAUUCGCCAUGUUGCCCGUUGCUGCGUACAUGCAUAAUUUUGAAAAAAAAUCUUAAUUUCAGGAAAACGAUCAUGCGCGGACUCCUGCUCUGGGUCACCAUGCUGGUGGUUACCUUUUCCACGGCUAAUCAGUAUCGCCUAGACGACGCUAGCCUGAAAUGGAUGGCACCUCAAAACGACCAAUCAGCGUUCCCGUACAAACGGAUCGACCCAUCCAACUACAACGUUGGCUUCGGUAAGCGGUUCGAUUCGAGCAAUUUCCACAUUGGCUUCGGGAGAAGAUUCGAUCCGGCCAACUUCCAUCUCGGCUUUGGCAAGAGGUUUGACCCCAUUAACUAUCACAUGGGCUUCGGCAAGAGGUCGCUGUCCGAAGACAAACAAAACGACGAUUUCGCAAAGACUGCGCAUUAA